GAUGUGGCUCCUCCUCGCAAGAAACGCUUCUCGUGGCAGCGCCCUUCAUCACCAAUCUCCGAGGAUUUUCCUCCGGCCUGCCCAGCUAAGCCGUACAUUGGGGCUCCCGGCACUGUGCACCAAGCCUACUCCCUUGCAUUGCAACAGCAGGUCUUGAAGUCAGGGCAGGCCGAUAUACAUUUAGCCAAGAUGGUGUCGUCCUAUGCUCCAUCGACGCUGGCCGCCUACUUAUCGAAGUGGCGGCACUGGCUCAGGAAGGCGCAACUGGAUUCGCUCCGUUCGGCUCUGCAUUCGGAUCUCGUGUCUGCUUACGGCAGAUCUGGCUCCAUUGUGGAACGCAGAGAGAGUGUCUCAUUGCAAGCCACCGCGAUGCUUCAUCCCAACUUUACACCCGAUUUCAUCCUGGCCAGGCAUUGUACUCCUUCGGCAGCUUUUCUCUACGUGUUAUUCACAAACACCUGCAUCGACCCGCCCCGACACCACAGAUCUUCAUUGGCUGGCAUGUCGGAUCUCUAUGGUCGUGAUGACGUCGCUGGUCCAUUGGAGUUUCAGCGCCAGGUGGUCGCCCUGCCUAGUGUUCCGGGCGCAUCGGAUAUGCCGCCCGUUGGCUCCAACCCGGAGUUGCCUGAGUCCGUUACGGAAGCCUUGUCCAUGACAAUGGAGCCUAUUCCCCAGGAUGCUUCAUCAUCUUCUGGUGUGGCUGAGGUCAAGGUACCGCACCUCAAGCUUUCAUUGCGUGCAGGCUGCAGUGUUCGUGGCGUCGAGUGCGGGCUCACAGGACAUCAUGCUUUGUUUUUAGGUUCAUGUCACGUCGCCUUGGCUCCGGUGUUCUCUGCUUCUGUCAUGGACAGUUCCUCCAGCUACGACAGCGAUUCGGCAAGUACAUCCUUCUCGUCCGAGAUCGAGCUGUUCCUGGAGGCUCCCGCUGCAGAUUGGCGGCCUGUCCUCCGCAUCUGUCCGAGGCAUUUUCAUGCUCCGCGGCUCGACCACAUUCUCUGGUUUAGUACGUGCACGGAAAGAGCCAUUCUCGUGCGGGAGGAGAUCACCAUUUGGGAGGCUGCAUGGGGCAGCAUCGCCUUUAACCAUCGCGUACUGCUUUUUUCUCAUCAGCAGAUUUGGCUUGCUGUUGCAUUGGGCAAUUGUGAGCUGCACCGCUGUGUGGCCACAGCCCUGUACUUAGGUUUGUUGGAUACAUUGGUCGACAAAGGCUCCAACUCAAUGGCGCUGCUUGCCUUUGCUGUGCCCGACUCCGACUCUCUCGAGCACUUCAUCGUGUCCAUUGUGGGCCGCCCUCUUGGCUCUGAUCCAUCUGCGCCUCUGCUCACGGCUGAUGCUGCUGCUCUUCGGCGGUUGUAUCAUCUCUGCAAAUCAGAGUGUGCUGGGAUUGGCCCCUCCAAUCCCGCCUCCAUUGUGCCUGCUGUCUCCGGGAAGAAGUCGCUGUCCAAGGAGGAGAUAGCGGAGUUGAUGCAGAAAUUCAUGAAGGCUUAUCCAUCAGAACUUGUACGUGCGGACAUUAUGCCUUCAUCUCCAUUUCUUAUGGUGGUGCGCGAGCAUCUGGAUGCUGGGCGGUUCUCCUGGAUCCCUUGGAGGCUGCGUUCUUCUGCAUCAGAUGAGGAGCAAUUCCUUGAGCGUCGUCGGCCUCGGACAGACGCGAAAUUGCUGACUCGCCUCCUGCAAGAGGGUCAGCCUGAGGAAGAGUGUGUUGCAUCGGUCCCCCAAUCCGGCCCCGUGGAGCCGAUUGUGCGCCGGUUCUGGGACCUCCUCAUAUAUGCCAUUGCCUUGAACGAUGGUGCCCAUCUUUUGCAUCUCCGGAAAGCAGCAAAGAAGUUUCUCAGCAUUGCAUUGGCCACGCCCUCGGAUCGCAACAUGCGCCCUCCAUCACUUCAGGAGAUCGUUGAGGCAGACCGCGCCCUCUGGAUUGGGGUUGCAUCCAUUCAAGCGGAUCAGGGUUGGUCGCUCACAGAUGCGUUAGCUGAGAUGAUUUUUGCUCGUGCGGAUGUAUACAGUGCGUUGGCCCCGAGGCUGAAGCCGUUGACUCCACCUGCGCCUCCUGCUGCAUCGGGGGCCAACAAGCGGAAACAGCCUACCUUGCCGCCUCCCCCACCGCACAAGCAGGCCCGUCCGGCUAAAGCCAAGGCUAAGGCCGCAUCCAAGAAGGACACCGUGCUUGCAUCUCGUCUCCUUGACGAUGCAUCGGUGCCUUCAUGCUCAGACAUUUUGGUCCUGGCUGAGGCUCUUCUUCGCGAGUCACCUGACUUGGACGACCGGUUCGAAUCUGGCAAAUCUGUGUCGGCUGGUCUCUUUUUCCGGUUCAAGCCGGGGGCUCGCAAGAUCUGCAUCUCUCACCCAUUGUCUGUGCGUGUUGUCAACAGGCUCAUCCGGGCACUCGCCCCAGACCAUUUCUUUUCCAGUUUUGUCAUUAUCUCCGGUGUGCACUCUCCACGCCAUCAGGACAGCAUGAAUGCUUGUGCACCCAACGUUGUGCUUCCCCUCACGGCUUUCACGGGGGGCGAACUGCGGGUCUCCCUGGUGUCUGGAGACCUCUCUGCUCCUUCGGCGGAGCCCUUCGUUGACCUCCCGGUGGCUUCUGGCCCGGUCUCCUUUAAUGCCAGGGAUUGCCCUCAUGAGGUUCUACCCUCGCAGGGUCUGCGUGUGGUUAUCGCGGCGUACACCUUGCAAGCUGCGCUGCAUCUUCACUCCUUUCCUGAGCUUCGGGAUUCAUUGGCUGCCCUUGCAUUUCCUCUGCCGCCUGUGGAUUUUGUGUAUUCUCCGGAUGCAUUGAAGCCUCGUGCGCUUCCUUUGUCGCCCUCCCAACGGGCUCUGCUUCCUUCGCCAGCGGCCACUGUCGGGGCCUCUGCUCCCUUGGCGCCUGCAUCGACCAAUGCUCAGCCCAGCCAUGACUCGCAGGCGGUCGGUGCUUUGCUUGGCUCCUGCCAUCUUCCUUCUCCCACUCCAAGGCUUUUCUUGGAUUUGUUUGCGGGGGCACGUGCACCGGUUACUUCAGCCAUACAAUCCCUGAGGCGUGAUUGCUUUCCUCCAGUGGACUUGAUCAUCGAUGCAUCCCGCGACACCUUGGAUGAUGCAUUUUUUGAUCUGCUUUGCCGCAUUGCUGACUCAGGUUUGGUCGGUGCUGCUCUGGCGGCGCCCGUCUGCUCCAAGCAUAGCAUUUUGCGAAUGCGUCCAGGCGGUCCGAAACCUCUGCGUGAUUUUGAGCAUCCUACCGGCCGUCCUGACUUGAACUGGGAUGAUUCGACGCAGCUCCAGGAGAGUGCUUUGCUACACGAUCGCACUCGACUUCUGCUUUCUCGUGUCAGCGCUUCUGGGGGCCUGAUUAUCCUGGAAAACCCGGCAUCUUCUCUUACCUUCCAUGACCCGCUCAUGAUGAGCUGGAUCGAGUCUGAGGCUCCAUUUUGCGCUCAGGUGGCUUCGUGCAUGGUUGGUGCCUCCUUCUCCAAAGCUUGGAUGUUCGUCUCUAAUCAGCCCUGCAUCUUGGAUCUUGCUUGCAUUUGCACGCAUGCAUCCGGUACUCACGCGUCCUUUGUGGGCAAGCGCGAUGGUGCUGGUUUCCUCAGUCGGCGCACUGCUGAGUAUCCGGAUGAGCUGGCUGCAUCUCUGGCACGCCUGUGUGCUCCAUUUCUUACCGACUUGGGCCCUUGCAGGGAAUUCUCUCAGUGGCGUGCAUUGCUUUCGUCGGAUCCUGCUUGGAUCGUGCAUUCCUGCAGGGUUGAGGACGGUGGUGGCACCACCAGCGCUGCGUGUUGGCUUCGGCCUCCUUCCGAGGAUGUUCUGCAUGACCUCCGACAUCGGUGGUCCCACCGGCUCUUCAAUACAGGUCUGUGCCUGCGCAUCGCUGCACAUCUCCAACUUGCACCCAAAGAACCUCCUCUGUCAGCCGCUGAGGUCGCUCCAUUCCUGCAGGAUAUCUUCGAUACCUUCCAGGUCCCUCUGACCUCCCAAAAGGAUCUUCUGUUCAUUGCACCUGGUCAACCUUUGCGCCUUCGGCUCUUGAAGUUCCUGCUUUCUCAGCUUCAUGAUUCUGAGGUUUCCCUUUGCGACCAGUUGGAGUCUGGGGUUUCCCUAGGUGUUGGCUCUGCAUUGGAGCCAUCGCAGCACUGGCCGGUGCGCGACGCGGAGCCUGUCAUUCCUGCAUUGCAUAUCUGUGAGGGUGCUUGGCAGUCCGCCGAGAGCCAUCCUGACAUUGUUCAGGCUUUACUCGAGGAGGAAAUGCAGGAGGAAUGGAUCACUGAGUAUGCAUCUCUUGAAGCUAUUCAGUCUGAGUUUCCUCAGGUUGCAUUAGGUCGGCUAGGACUCGUGCUGGCGGAAGGCAGAUCUGCCCGCCUCGUUGUAGACUCCAGCAUCAGUGGCGUCACAUCGUCCUCCACCAUCCCCAACUGCAUCUCGAACCCUCGAAUUGAAGAUGUGUCGGCAUGUGCUCCAUCCUAUGUGCCCUCUGACCCCUGGGUGGGUGCGUUGGCGGGUUCGAUUCACAGGCUCUCGCAUCACAUUAUUUUCCUGAAGCAUUUGCUUUGGGUAUAUGUGGAUGAUUUCUUAGCUGCAUUUCAGAAAGCCACGGCACCUCUACAUCUCAGCCUGUGGGUGAUGCUGCUGUUAUGCCUUCAGCUUCCAAUCUCCUGGUCGAAGUGUUCCAUCGACGAACAGAUUAUCUGGAUUGGAUGGAGAAUUUCAUUCGAUACAUGGUCGGUGGAACUCCCGGAGGAGAAAAUUCAUCGUAUCCUGGAGCAGCUUUCUUCAUUGUGCAAGCAAACCAAAGUUAAGGUCAAGGAUCUUGAAUCUGUCAUUGGUCGCUUGCUUUGGCUUACAGGUCUCUGGCGCUCGCUGCGGCCAUUGCUUCAGCCCCUUUAUGCGGCAUUACGGGAUAUUCCAUGUACGAUCAUUGCAGUGUCACCGCAGCUUUGGACGCAAAUCCUAUCUGCCUGUGACGAUUCUGGGCGUCUCUUGCGCUCCUUGAAUCAUGCAUCGUUCCCCGAAGGUGCUCGCAUCACCAGGGCGGGGAAUACUGCAGUAUCUUCCCUUGCUCAGCUCAGGAAAGUGCCUUUCAUCAAACGACGUUUGUGGGUUGCAGUCCAAGACUCUGAGCAUCCUCUGCGUUGCCUAUCACAAUCGUCCAUCGGGGCGCUGCAGUCUUGGAAUUCCAUCUUGAGCACCACACCAUGUGUCUUUAACAUCAAGCAGGCACCUAUGCUACAGUUGGUCGCUGAAGCUGAUGCAUUCGCCGAUCAGGACCAAUGCGGCCUUGGCGGGUAUCUUCAAUGGCCUUCUGGUGUGUGCAGAUGGUAUUCAAUACAUCUGGAUCCCUCUCAGGUUGCGGAGCUUUUUCCUUCCAUUGACGGUUCCUUGCAGCAUCAUAUAUGUGCAUUGGAAUUGCUUGCUCAAUACUGCUUGCUCUGGAUUGCAUCGGAAAUGCUUCCUCGGGCACGUCAUCAUCUUACAUUUCCGAUGCGCUCCGACAACUCGGGCGCGGAACUCGCAUCGGCCAAAGGACUGACGUCGGUCAAAAUUUUGGGCGAGGUUCUUCGUGCAUUUCUGGAUUUUCAGCGCAGGAAUGGCUUACGUGCAUCUGUGGAACACAUUCCUGGCUACAGGAACGACCUGGCCGACGAGCUCAGUCGUCUCAAGGGUGCAUUGGCUCCACUGCCUGAUGUGGAUCGUAUGCAUCCGCCAUUGCCUUUUCUGCUGCGACCAGCAGGACGUUUGUGCCGCCCUGACUCGGCCAAAUGGCCUAAGCCCUGGCGUUGA